AGAUGAGGUCGUUGGCAUCUUCUGUUGGUACAUGCAACCCCAAAAGGCUUAGACAUAGUUCUGGAUCAAACAGAAGACUGCCCACAUCAGAAUCUUUAUCAAAACUCAAAAUCUCAAGCCACUGCCAUGAAGACUCUUCUCUGCGACUUCAAGUAGAUGAGAAACCAAAGCCAAGAUUGUUUACUAGAAGAGAAAUAAUUGGUUUUGGCUUAUGCUCAGGCCUUUUGGGUGCACUUACUGAUUUUCAUCCUUCUGCAAACGCUGCUGAAGGAAGUGCCUGUGAUUUCACUGUUGCUCCCUCUGGUCUUGCUUUCUGUGACAAAGUUGUGGGCUAUGGCCCUGAGGCUUCAAAGGGGCAACUCAUUAAGGCACACUAUAUUGGAAAAUUGGAGAAUGGGAAAGUAUUUGACAGCAGCUAUAACCGUGGGAAGCCCCUUACAUUUCGUAUCGGUGUUGGUGAGGUUAUCAAAGGCUGGGACCAGGGUAUUCUGGGUGGAGAUGGAGUUCCUCCCAUGCUUGCUGGGGGCAAAAGGGUGUUAAAACUCCCUCCAGAACUUGGGUAUGGCGUGAGAGGUGCUGGUUGUAGAGGAGGUUCAUGUAUUAUUCCUCCAGACUCGGUUCUCAUGUUUGAUGUAGAGUUCAUUGGCAAGGCAUCAUGAGUCUUACCGUAGAAUCACCAAACAAAUCCUCAAAUCACUUUUUUCUUUUCCUUCUUUAAAAUGUGAGAGACCUUCCACUCUUCAGUGGAAUGUUUUUCUAUUGGUGAAAGAAAACAACACUAGCUUGAACUUCUCUGAUCAUCUCAUCUGAAUUGUACAAGGGUUGAUGAAGAGUUAUGCAUAAAGUGAUUCUAAUA